GGUGUUUUUUUUGUUGAGUUUUGUUCUUGAGUAUAUUGAGAGCAAUGCCUCUAAGACCAAGUAAUACUAGAAAGGAUGUUGAAGUGAGGAAGAAAGGGUACAAAACUUUAGUAUUAGAUGGUGAAGAAGCAAGAAGGAGAAGAGAAGACAAUUUGGUGGUGAUAAGGAAGUCCAAAAGAGAAGAUAGUCUCCUCAAGAAAAGGAAGGAUGGGUUCUUUGUUAUCAAUCACAGUUUGUAUCAACAGCAUUCAAAUUUGGAAUGUGUUCCAUUGAUGGUAAAAGGAGUAUCAUCUGAUAAUCCUGCAUUGCAAUUGGAAGCAACCACUCUCUUUCGAAAACUAUUAUCCGUUGAGCCAUGCCCUCCCAUCGAGCAGGUAAUCGAAGCAGGCAUUGUUCCUCGAUUAGUGGAGUUUCUUGACAAUCAUGAUCAGCCUCAAUUGCAGUUUGAGGCAGCAUGGGCAUUGACUAAUAUUGCAUCUGGUACAUCCGAGCACACACAUGUUGUUAUUCAAAAUGGUGCUGUGCCCAAAUUUGUGCAACUUCUUUGCUCUUCAAUUGCUGAUGUUCGAGAGCAGGCUGUUUGGGCAUUAGGUAACAUUGCUGGUGAUUCACCUAAAUCUAGAGAUAUAGUUCUUAAUCAUGGUGGACUAAUACCACUACUGGCACAAUUGAAUCAACAUUCCAAAUUAUCUCUCCUACGGAAUGCCACUUGGGCUUUAUUAAACUUCUGCCGAGGCAAGCCACCAGCACCUUUCCACCAGGUUAAGCCUGCAUUGCAAGUGUUACACCGCCUGAUUGAAUCGAGCGACGAAGAAAUUCUGACCGAUGCUUGUUGGGCGCUUUCUUAUAUUUCCAACGGUAUGAGCGAAAAGAUUCAGGCCGUGAUCGAGGCGGGCAUAUGUCCACGACUCGUGGAGCUUCUUCAUCAUCCUUCAGAAGCUGUUGUUGUCCCUGCACUUCGGACCAUAGGGAACAUUGUUACCGGUGAUGAUUCUCAGACUCAGGUUGUAAUUGACAAUGAAGGUCUACCUUGUCUCUACAAAUUUGUGUCCCAAAAUUACAAAAAAAUUAUCAAGAAAGAGGCUUGUUGGACAAUUUCAAAUAUUACAGCUGGAAAUAGAAGCCAAAUACAGGCUGUCAUUGAAGCAAACAUAAUUAGUCCACUUGUUCACCUCCUUCAACAUGCUGAACUUGAAAUCAAGAAAGAAGCUGCUUGGGCUAUUUUCAAUGCUAUCUCCAUAGGCUCCCAUGAACAGAUUCAAUACUUAGUGAAACAAGGUUGUAUGAAGCCACUUUGUGAUCUACUAGCCUGCUCCGAUCCAAGGAUUGUGACAUUAUGUCUUGAGGGUCUUGAUAAUAUUCUAAAGAUUGGUGAGGCAGAUAAAACAUCAAGCAACAAUGGUAGCGGGGUAAAUAUAUACACUGAAAUGAUUGAAGAAUGUGAUGGUUUGGAGAAAAUUGAGAAUCUACAAAGCCAUGAAAACAAUGAGAUCUACAACAAGGCAGUACAUAUGUUAGAGAGGUAUUGGUUGGAGGGAAAAGAAGAGGAAGAGGAAGAUCGCUUUGGUGAUUCACAAUUUUCUUAUGGAAUUAACACUGCCUCUAUUUGGAGAUUUAAAUUUUAGUUGCAACAUUUUUUUUUGAAUAAAGAUAGUUUGUGAAGCUAUGUAUAGAAGAAAUUAACAAUGAGGCAUAAGAAAUAUUUUUUUGGUGAGAAAUUAACUUU